GUGCGCAUGCUCUUGACAGUUUCCCGUUCCAUUUCCGUAUUGAUUUGUGAAGUUGACGUCUGCUGUGCUGCUCGAAUUAUGUCGAAGCCACGCCCUAGUCGACCCCCUCCCCCCACUCCAAAACCCGGUAGUGUUAAAGUUGUGAGGGCUUUAUUCCACUAUGAAGCACAGCAGCCCGAUGAACUGUCUUUUGAAGAAGGAGACACGCUAUACAUCACAGACUACUCAAAUUCUGACUGGUGGAAAGGCAGGUGUGGUAAGAAGACAGGACUCAUACCAUUUAAUUAUGUGGAAGAGAACACAGAAUCUAUAGACCAUCCGUUACAUGAAGCAGCCAGAAGGGGCAAUAUCACUUUCCUACAAGAAUCUUUAUCCAAUCAGGUGUCGGUAAAUGGUCUAGACAAAGCUGGAUCAACACCUUUACAUUGGGCAGCUCACGGCGGUCACAUGGACUGUCUACAUGUGUUACUUCAAGUUCCUAAUUGUCAAGUUAAUGUACAGAACAAACUUGGGGAUACAGCUCUACACUCAGCAGCCUGGAAGGGACAUGCAGAGGCAGUCAAAAUGUUAUUAGAGAAAGGUGCUCGAGCCAAUGUGAGAAAUAAUGAGGACAAACUUCCUUAUGAUCUAUCUAAAGAUGCUGCUUGUUCUGCGGCGCUCAAACAAGCAAUGAUGCCCCGUACCUUAUCAACUGAUUAUGGAGAUGAUGGAGAUUCUGAUUGAAUGGGGAACUAUCAAGACUUUUACAACAAAUCUAAACCAACAGGAGCCUCUCCACUAACAGGGGUCCUUCACCAAUUGGGGCCAAUGUAACAUAGUUUUUACAACAAAUCUCCACCAACAGGGGCGAGAUAACAAAGAUUUUUCUACUAGUGGAUGUGGACAUGUGACAUCAUGUUUGAAUCACUCGGCACAGAGUGAUGAAGUGACCAAUACCACUGUGUAUGUUGUGACAAUUCACUUCAGAACUUUAACAUAUUUAAUAACAAGUAGGAGAUUACAAUUCAUCUUACACUUAAUUAAUGCUGUGAUUGAUUCAUUAUAGUUACUGUGCCUAAGAGUGGCCGUUUGUCAUGUACCACUUAAAAGUGAUUGUUCUUAAUAUUAUAAUGAGGUACAGAUGUACUUAAAAUGAUUUCUUAUCAAUAAUAGACAUGGGUUUUUGGAUGUUUGUUCAGUAGCAAGCUGGAAUUAAGGGCUAUCUAUUUUGUUUAAUCGAGUAACCUUUACUCUUGUGAGAGCUCGAGUAGUAAGUGACAAAUAUCUUAAUGAAUUUUUACCACUUUGAAAUCGAGUAAAGAAUUAAUAGUUGAGGGAGGAAUCUGUAAUUUUUUUAGAAAUCACAUUGGCAUGUUCACUGUUUGGACAUUUAUGCUUAGAAUGAUUUAUUUUCUGGUGGUCGUGUAUAAGAGGUGUGUAGAUCUUUGUUCCCAUUCCUUGUGAUAAAGUGCCGGUAAGAUCUGUAGUUUUUUUCUACAAUUCAAUUGUGAUAUUCAGUCAUACUGUAAGGUCUGGUGUAGAUAAGGUAUUUUAACAUGUAUUUUUUUUAGUAAUCUGAUCUAUGAUAUAUAUAUAUAACUCUGACUUAAAGGUAAUGAAUAUUGAUCAUGAUUUUUUCUGCCAAAAAAAACCAACAGAUGAUUUGAAAAGCAGACGAGCUACUUUACGGAGCUAUUAAGUGUAAUUGACACUUAUCUAAUCAUCCUAAUUGUGAACUGUUUUCCUCAAAGUUGUUGAAAGUUUCCUUUAUCUGUCAAACUUGUUAAGAAUUUAUCUGUCCAUUAUGAAGUUAUAGACACAUGUAUACUAUCGUUAUCAGUACAUAUCCGAGAGUGCCUUCAGUGUAUUUGUCACAUCAAGCAGAUAUAUUUGAUAGUGUACCAUUCAUUUAGGUUUUGUUAACAAAUUGUCAAUGAAAAAUAAAGAACCAGAAAUCCCAUUAUAUUCUGUGAAAUGGAGCCCGGGAGGUUCUUUCUGUGUGUGUGUGUUUUUUGGUUUUCUUUUCAAAGGUAAUGGAGCUCUGUGUGUUUUUUGGUUUUCUUUUCAAAUGUAAUGGAGCUCAUGAUUGUUUUUCUUUGAUGAAUUUGUUAUUGUGCACAUACUUAAUCACAGUUUGUAAUUAUUAUGAGCCAUGCAUCUUAUAGAUAUUUGAAAUAUUACAUGAUAACGGUAAUUACACUUGUAUUUUGUUUAUGAGAAUAGAGAUCUAUAUUAAGAUAUAAAGUUUAGGUCAUAAGUAUAAUUUUAUAUGCAGUAUUAAUAUUACUGGUUACAUAUGUGUUUAGGUCUUUAUUUAAAUAUAAUAUGCUUUAAAUGUAUUUAUAAGAAAUUAUUUGAAGUGAAGAUUAGCAAUAGAAUUAUUUCAGUAAUAUUUAUAUCUCCGCUGGAUGUUAGAAUAGUUUUCUCACAAAUUAUUACAUUGUAUAAAACACAUUUCAAAAUUAUAUCAAUAAAACUAUAUGGAAACGGGCCAAAAGAAUUUUUUUUUGCAACAGAAUUACAUCUUUAAACUGGGAAAAAAUAAUUUCAAAUAAAAUUGUACAGCGAGAGAAGGAAGGCUUGGUGAAUUAAUAAUUCUUCUGUAACUUCCAGUAUAAGAGUAGUGAGGUUUGGUUUCAAGAAAGUAUUGUGAGCGUAAUAACAAUUUAUGAUGAUAAAGGUAAAUAUGUUAUAUAUAUAUGACACAGGAAAUGGACUUUUUCUUAUAAUAAAUCAUGCAAAAUGUC